UCUGGCUGGUGUGGAGAAGUGUCCUCCGUUUUUUUGUUUUUUUUUUCCUGGCCCGGAGCAGGGAUUUGGAGUUCAGGUGACGAGGGUCAGUAACUCAUCACCCCAGGACUUUGGAGGUUGCUCCUGUGCCAAGGACUCCGAGGAGUCCUUCAUCUGCCGGGCACUCAAAGCUGAGGAGGGCAAUUUGGUUUUGAUGCUGCGCCAGAAGCCUUCCAACAAUGAGUUACUGGAGCUCAGAGAAGAGGAGCCGUGUGCAGUACCGCAGGCACUUUCUGGCCGACAACAGUGUGUUUCACGUUGAAAGAUGCAUGAGUGUAAUGCAGUCGGGGACGCAGAUGAUCAAACUGAAGCGUGGGACCAAAGGGCUCGUCCGGCUCUUUUACCUGGAUGAGCACCGCACGCGCCUCCGAUGGCGACCGUCUAGGAAGAGCGAGAAGGCAAAAAUACUUAUCGAUUCCAUUUACAAAGUCACCGAGGGCCGGCAGUCCGAAAUAUUCCACAGACAAGCUGAGGGGAACUUUGACCCCAGCUGCUGCUUCACCAUCUACCAUGGCAACCACAUGGAGUCCCUGGACCUUAUCACCUCCAACCCCGAGGAGGCCCGUACCUGGAUCACAGGCCUCAAGUACCUGAUGGCCGGCAUCAGUGAUGAAGACUCCCUGGCCAAAAGGCAGAGGACCCAUGACCAGUGGGUGAAGCAGACCUUUGAGGAAGCUGAUAAAAAUGGUGAUGGCUUAUUGAAUAUUGAAGAGAUCCACCAACUGAUGCAUAAACUAAAUGUUAACCUGCCCCGAAGAAAAGUCAGACAGAUGUUUCAGGAAGCUGACACAGAUGAGAAUCAGGGAACUCUGACAUUUGAAGAGUUUUGUGUUUUUUACAAAAUGAUGUCUUUGAGACGAGACCUUUACCUGUUGCUCCUGAGCUACAGUGACAAGAAAGAUCACCUGACUGUAGAAGAACUGGCUCAGUUUUUGAAGGUGGAACAAAAGAUGAAUAGUGUGACAAUGGACUAUUGUCUUGACAUCAUAAAGAAGUUUGAAGUUUCAGAAGAAAAUAAGGAGAAAAAUGUUCUUGGCAUAGAAGGCUUCACGAACUUCAUGCGCAGUCCUGCUUGUGACGUGUUUAACCCAUUGCACCAUGAAGUGUAUCAAGACAUGGACCAGCCCCUCUGCAACUAUUACAUUGCUUCCUCCCACAACACUUACCUGACCGGGGACCAGCUCCUUUCUCAGUCCAAAGUGGACAUGUACGCACGGGUGCUGCAAGAGGGCUGUCGCUGCGUGGAAGUUGAUUGCUGGGACGGCCCAGACGGAGAGCCCGUAGUACACCAUGGGUAUACUCUCACUUCCAAAAUCCUCUUCAGGGACGUAGUGGAGACCAUCAACAAGCAUGCCUUUGUGCGGAAUGAGUUUCCGGUUAUAUUGUCUAUUGAGAAUCACUGUAGUAUCCAGCAGCAAAGGAAGAUUGCUCAAUACCUGAAAGGAAUAUUCCAAGACAAACUGGACCUUUCAUCUGUAGACUCCGGGGACUACAAGCAGCUUCCAAGCCCUCAAAGUUUGAAAGGCAAAAUCCUAGUGAAGGGCAAGAAGUUGCCUUAUCACCUUGGUGAUGACGCUGAGGAAGGGGAAGUUUCCGAUGAAGACAGUGCAGAUGAAAUUGAAGAGGAGUGCAAGUUUAGGCUCCAUUAUAACAACGGGACCACUGAACAUCAGGUAGAAUCUUUCAUAAGGAAGAAACUGGAGUCACUGUUAAGAGAAUCUCAAAUUCGAGAUAAAGAAGAUCCUGAUAGUUUCACCGUGAGGGCCCUACUGAAGGCGACGCAUGAAGGGUUAAAUGCGCACCUGAAACAGAAUCCAGAUGUGAAGGAAAGUGGGAAGAAAUCACAUGGGCGAUCCCUCAUGACCAACUUUGGAAAACAUAAGAAAACUACAAAAUCACGGUCUAAAUCUUAUAGUACUGACGAUGAGGAGGAUACACAGCAGAAUCCUGGCAAAGAGGGUGGCCAGCUGUACAGGUUGGGGCGCCGAAGGAAAACCAUGAAGCUCUGCCGAGAACUUUCGGAUCUGGUUGUGUACACAAACUCUGUGGCCGCCCAGGACAUUGUGGAUGAUGGAACCACGGGGAAUGUGUUAUCAUUCAGUGAAACACGAGCGCAUCAGGUGGUUCAGCAGAAGUCAGAGCAGUUCAUGAUUUAUAACCAAAAGCAGCUCACGAGGAUUUAUCCCUCUGCCUACCGCAUAGAUUCCAGCAACUUCAACCCUCUGCCCUACUGGAACACAGGUUGCCAACUAGUGGCACUGAACUAUCAGUCUGAAGGCCGAAUGAUGCAGUUAAAUCGAGCCAAAUUCAAGACAAAUGGCAAUUGUGGCUACGUCCUCAAACCCCAGCAAAUGUGCAAAGGUACUUUCAACCCUUUCUCUGGUGAUCCACUUCCUGCCAACCCCAAAAAGCAGCUCAUCCUGAAAGUGAUCAGUGGACAGCAACUCCCCAAACCUCCAGAUUCCAUGUUUGGAGACCGAGGCGAGAUCAUUGAUCCUUUUGUUGAAGUUGAAAUUAUUGGAUUGCCAGUAGAUUGUUGUAAAGACCAAACCCGCGUGGUGGAUGACAAUGGAUUUAACCCUGUGUGGGAAGAAACCCUGACGUUUACCGUACAUAUGCCAGAAAUAGCUUUGGUGCGAUUCCUCGUGUGGGAUCAUGAUCCCAUUGGACGAGACUUCGUUGGACAAAGAACUGUGACUUUCAGCAGCUUAGUGCCUGGCUACCGGCAUGUCUAUUUGGAAGGACUGACAGAAGCAUCUAUAUUUGUCCACAUAACAAUCAAUGAAAUCUAUGGAAAGUGGAGCCCUUUAAUACUCAACCCCAGUUAUACUAUAUUGCACUUUCUAGGAGCUACAAAGAACAGACAGCUCCAAGGCCUUAAGGGACUGUUCAAUAAGAAUCCCAGGCACAAUUCUGCAGAAAACAACUCCCAUUAUGUGCGGAAACGAUCUAUAGGAGAUAGAAUUCUGCGGCGCACAGCCAGUGCUCCGGCCAAAGGCAGGAAAAAGAGCAAAAUGGGCUUCCAAGAAAUGGUAGAGAUAAAGGAUUCGGUGUCUGAGGCCUCCCGAGACCCUGACGGUGUCCUGAGGAGGACCACACGGAGCUUGCAAGUGCGCCCUAUCUCUAUGCCUGUGGACAAAAGUCUUCUGGAAGCUUUGUCACUGCCUGUUUCUGAAACUGCAAAAGGCUCUGAAGGAAAAGAAAACUCCCUGGCAGAGGAUAAGGAUGACAGAAGAGGGAAGGCAAAUAUAAAAGACUCGCAUUUUCCAAAUUUGAGCAAAAAGUUAUCCUCCUCCUCCAGUGCUCUUCUCCACAAAGGCACCCGCCAAGGGGACUCGGUUGUUUCUGCUGCCAACAUUUUUGUCACAGGAGAACAGUUGGGGAUGCCAGGUCCUAAGGGUGGUGGAACCAAAUCAAGUGUGACGGAUGAUUGCCAGGAAAACCACCGCCCCAGCAAACUCCUCUCCCCAAGGCAGAAUCUGGCUCUCCAUCCUGCAGUCAGUCCAACACAUGAUCUGCGUGGUGUGAAUUCCGAGGCAAAGGGGAACACGGAGGGCGCACUGUGCGGAAGCAUCCUUUCUCAAAGCAAUCUGGAGAUUGAGAACCUAGCAGGUAGCAGGAUGAAGGGCAGAGCUGCAAUGUCCUUUUCUUUGUCAGAUGUUUCUGCACUUGGUUCUGACAUGCCGGACUUACAUUCAACUGCAAUUCUGCAGGAGAGUGAAAUCUCCCACCUUAUUGACAAUGUCACUUUAACAAAUGAGAACGAGCCAGGCAGUUCCAUCUCAGCACUAAUCGGCCAGUUGGAUGAGACCAACGAUCAGGCUGAGCUCACGGUUGUUCCUCACCCUCCCAGGACCAGUGAGGUGUCUGGCCAUCCUCCUUUGCCUACUCUGGACCUAAAAAUGCCCUUCAAGCCUGGUUUUCCUAAGGGAAAACCCAAGUCUUCCUUUCUGUGUUCAUCUCCUGAGCUGAUUGCAAGUCUGGACACCACCAAACAUAAUGCAAACACAGUCUGUGAAACUUCCUGCUCUCUGGUCUCCGAAACUAAACCAGGCGAUGACCUUUCCGGUAAACCCAAGAUGAGGGCUCUGGACAGCAACCUGCCUGGGUGCCCUACUCCUUCCCAUGGCUGGUUACCAAAAAGUCCCACCCAUGGAGAGGACCAGCCAACUCUGAAGAGCUUCAGCCCUGCCACAUCCCUGGAUUUGACCCUGGAGGAUGUGAUAGCUAGUCCCAACUUCUGCUUCAAUUCUGGAGAGAGCAGCCUUGUGGAAAUUGAUGGGGACUCAGAAAAUCUGUCUUCUACAACCUGUGACUAUAGGAGAGAGGCCACCACAGGUCUACUUGCUCCUCCUUUAAAAGUGGAGCGCAGUCAGGAUGGAGUGCCACCGUUUCAGAGAGGUUUGAAAAAUGGCUAUUGUAAGAGCACUCUCUACCCUUCUGUCCCUGAAAUAUUCAACGAUAGUCAAGAUGUCAACACUCCAAGCAUUUCUUAUCUCGCCUAUCAAGGUGCUGGCUUGGUGCAUAACCGUUUAUCAAAUUCUGAUGCAAAAAUGAACCAGACGGGUGCGCCCCAGCAGGCCAGUGCCCAGUACGCACACGUCCCCAUACCCACACAGCUGGCACGUCUUCCUCUGCCUGCUCUGAAACUGCCCAGUCCUUGCAAAUCCAAAAGUCUGGGGGAUUUAACAUCAGAGGACAUCGCCUGCAAUUUUGAGAGCAAGUAUCAGUGUAUUAGUAAGAGUUUCGUCACAACUGGCAUUAGAGACAAGAUAGGGGUGUCUGUGAAGACAAAGCCCUUAGAGCCUGUAGAUGCUUUGACCGAGCAGCUUCGGAAGCUCGUGUCCCUUGACCAGGAGGACACUUGUCGCGUGCUGUACUCAAAGCAGGAUGCCAGUCAGAUCCCCAGGGCGCUGGUCCGCAAGUUGUCAUCCAGAAGCCAAAGCCGAGUGCGCAACAUCGCGAGCCGUGCCAAGGAGAGGCAGGAGGCCACGAAGCAGAAAGCGGUGGGCCCCGGCGUUGGGGCCGGUGUGGUGCUUAGAGACAAACCCUCAGCUCCCACUCCCGCCUCCAACCGCCACUCCACAGGCUCCUACAUCGCCGGCUACCUGAGGAACACCAAGGGGGCUGGCCCCGAAGGCCGGGGCAUCCCGGAGGGGGCCUGCACGGCCCUGCACCAGGGCCACGUCGACCAGUUCUGUUCAGAUCAUUCUGUUUUGCAGACUGAGCCCAGCAGCGACAAUAAACCAGAAAUUUAUUUUCUUUUGAGACUGUGAAUUAUAAGAAGCUGCCUUUUCAUUGUUUACAAGGUAUUCUGUGAAAUGUCAGCUGUCAGUAAAUAAGGUCCUCGGCUUGGGAAUGGGUUUCAAGUGUAUUUUUAAAUUCGUGUUUCGGUCUCCCUUUGACUUCACCUGUUCUUCCUUGCUGAUGUGUUUGUGUUUACAUGCAGUGACGUUUCCCGUGUACCUGUUAACUGUAUCGGUAUGAACUAUGUGCAUGCCUAGAUGUGAAACUUCUCAGCAGCCCGGCUACAAUGUACGUACGUUUCUCCAAGAUGCCCUCUGCCGUGUCCUCAGAUCGCAGUCACUGAGUUGUUCUUUUUAUUCUCUGUUGUGUGAAGAGACUUCGCCAGCAACAAAGGAAUGAAUUCCUUGUGUUAAGCUCUUGUCCUUUUUCCUAUUUUUCCUUCUCUGUUGAGAUGCCCAGAUGCAUUUUUAUAUAUAACUCAGUUGAAACAUGUUGAAAAUUGUUCCCUCAUCUUUUAGCAUUUCCCUGCCCCACCCGUGACAACAAUGUAAAGGAGAUGGGUAGCUAUUCCCCAUGCCCUUUGCCCCCCACUUUGCAAAUAGGCUGUAAUAGUGUGAGGAAGUAGGCAAACUUCUGUAUAUAAGGGCAAAUUGUUUUACAUAAAUUUUGUUACAUAUUUUUGCUAAUGGCUUUGUAUGUAACAAGAUCCCCGUUGCCAAACUCUUUGUUGUACUUUUGAAUUUUCUGAUUAAAUGACAGACUGCAAAUAAUAAUGGUUUUCAGAAUGAGGUAUUUCUCUCAGACUCUGAACGAUGACAGUAGCACAAAUCAAAAACUUCCCCAAAGCUUUAAAGAAAUAUAUUUUCGCGUAACAAAAUCCAAGUGACUAGAUGAUUAGAAGAAACCUUUUUCCUUCAGAACCAAGUAAAUAUAUUUUAGUACCAACAUGCGUUAUUUUCACUGUGAGUUCAUUUUUUUUAUUGCAUGUGUUCAAUGUCUGCCUUCGCGUUUUUGUAACAUUAACUGCAAUGAUAUCCUUCCUGAAAUUGAUGAAAAUAUAAUUAA